AUGCAAACUGAACUACUCGCCUGCUCUGCUGAGGAUGUUCUGCAAAAAGUGGCAUUAAAAGAAACCCCACAAGAAUACAUGGCUAAUAUAAUUCUAUACAUUGACACACUCGAGUAUGCGUCGAUUCCCGAUUAUGAUCAUAUUGCAGCACAACUUGAAGCUUCCAUGGAGGCUUACAAUCUCAGCUAUGCUGAUCCACCUGAUUGGGACCUGAUGGUCGCUUAUUUGGGGCCACGAUAUGAGAAAAAUCCGCCAUAUAUUCUAAAAUGUAACUUUUCCUCCGAAUUCUAUAGCACACAAAUAAAAUGGAAAUGA